AAUUUUAUGUUCAUGCUCAUUGUAGUGUAGGAGGGAGUGACUCACGCAUGCGUAUCAAACGCCGCGCUCCUGCCAGUGUUGAGUGUCUACUGGGAAAAAAGAAAAGAAAACAAAGGCAGCGAGCUGCAGCUGGGAAAUGUCAUCAGUUAUCUGUCAAUGGAGGACACAAUUUUCUAGCAAUCAAUAUAGUCCUGCCUCUGUUUGAGAGUGAAGGAAAGCGAGCCGGCUUUUUGGCUGUUACAGGAAAGCCUCACCUCGCAGGAAGAGUGAGUAAUUUAUAUUAUCAGUCACAGAGAAUCCACAGGUUCCGCCUCCCUGUUCACAUCAGAACCGUCUUUGGAUGUUUCCGCUCCAAACAGCAGGAGUUGCGGCCGAGAAAACUGUUGCAUCAUUCGAGACGCUGCCGCGCACCGCCGACUUGUUUGUUCCUCCGAGCGCAGCAAACUGUCGAUUUCCUGCAGUGACAACGAUCAUUUAGGACGAUUUUUUUCCAUAAGGAACUAAUUUCAGCUCCUGAUAGCGCUGUGACGCGAAGGUUCGGUUCGGAUGUUCGGCAGUACAGAAGGGGGGUACCUGCAGAGGCGCUGUCCGUGGUGCUGAAGUCGUCCGGUCUCAGCCUGAACCUCCAGCUUCAGACAAAGUAAACUUCCAGAGACUCUUAGCCUCUGCAGCUCCCAAAAUAGAUAAAUAUGCUCACUCUGAACAGACUUUAUCUAAACACUGUGGCCUUUUUGAUUUUAUUUGUCCAAUUGUGCAGACCUGUAUGUGUGGAUGUACCGUCUGAUACUGAAGCAGUCAUCGGGACCCAGAUGAGGCUGACCUGCAUCUCCUGUAUGAAGAGGGAGGAGGUCAAAGCACGGACACUCGUGAACUGGUUCUACUUUUCAGAUUCAGGUGACAUGACACAUAUAUACAAAUACGAAAACACUAAAGAGACAGAUCUGGACGGACCCUUUAAAGGUCGCUUGGCCUGGAAUGGGAGCAAAGACUUGCAAGAUCUCUCGAUUGUGAUCCUCAACGUCACCUUAAACGACAGUGGUUUAUACCAGUGCGAGGUUUCUCGGGAGUUUGAUUUUCGCUUCUUUACUCCCACCUUUUUCAUCAGAAAGAACAUCACUCUAACGGUGAAAGAGAGAGCCUCUGAGGACACGACAGCAAUCUACUCUGAGAUCAUGAUGUAUGUGUUGCUUGUGUUCUUGACCUUCUGGCUUCUGGUAGAAAUGGUGUACUGCUACAGAAAGAUCUCCAAAUCUGAUGACCAGGCGCAGGACACGGCGACAAACUACCUAGCCAUUCCUUCAGAGCAGAAAGACAAUCCAGCUGCUGCAGUUACCGAAUAGUUACCGGUUUUCAUUGACACGGUAUUGAUCAGUCACUACCAGACUUCUGUCAUGGGGCAACUGUACCGACGCCAUGAUCACAUCAAUGUUGCUAUCAUAUCAUAACUGUAAGCCAUGCAGAUUUACUGUGUGACAGAUUUGUUUUUGUGAAGAGCCAAUCGACAUAGCCACGUUUUUUGUUCUUCAAUGUUCUUCUCUCUUUUUCUACCUUGAUGAUAGGCUUCUGAAAUCAAGUGCUUUCACAAAUACCAUUACUGCCCUGCACUUUUUACAGUAAUAAGUAACAGCCAUGCUCUUUUUGGACCUGUCAUUAUAUAGACUAGAUGACUCUUUCCUAAUAGUCAGUAGUGCCUCUGUGAUUUUAUAACUUUUAUGAACUUUUACCUUAUAUGCUUUUCCUUCUGUGGUCAAGCCUAAAAAACUCAAACUUCUACAAUAAUUCUAUAAUGCUAGCUUAAUAUUUUUAUUAUGUUUUCUAUGAAAUGAUGUGAUUUUUGGGUCACAUUUUUAUUUGUACUGGUGCAAUGUCAGGAUUGUAAAUCUUUUUUACAGGAUGCAUCUUUCACAGCUUUUUUUUAUGUAUGCAUUUUUGAAUUUCCAUUAUAACAAUAUAUAUAAUAAUACAUCCAAAUCCUUUUUUUUAAAUUCAGAACUAACCUGUACAUGUAUUUCUUUUCCUUAAUUUGCCUGUAUAUUUAAUCCUCAUUCAUCCCUGAUGUCAGAGAUUAGCAGGUCAAAUCUUACUGCACUUGAUUAGACAGAAAUGUAACUUUUGAGCUUUGACAGUUGCUAUUGCGACUAAAUGUGUGCCUCUUUCUAUAUUGCAAUGCUGAAUAAAUGUUUAUGAUUUGAUUCAGUCAUGCAAUGCUGUUGUUAUCUGCAACAGAAGCAGUGCAUCUCAUGUGUGACUGAGCUACUUUUGAACGAUUAAACACAGUGUAUCCAACCAA